CAAAAGCCAUCGCGCGAUGAUCCACAAAUUGCUUGCUCGCACGCCUCCCACUUUAAUUCUUCUUUGCGUGGAAUGACAGCAGCCGACUAAGCCGCCCUCUUUAUCCACGAUUAUUUAACUCCUGGAUUCUUUGCGUCAGACGGAGCAUCAUGCAUCGAUCUAGCCAAGCCAUGGAUGACGCCGACGGCAAGGACGAUCAGCAGAGGGCGGUGGAGGAGCAGCUGGAGAGGGUGGCCAAGGCAUUCGUGGAUCACUACUACAACCUGUUCGACACCAACCGCGCCGCCCUCUCCUGCCUCUACGACAGCAGCUCGAUGCUGUCCUUCGAGGGACAGAGGAUCGUGGGCGCGGAGGCGAUCGGCCGGAAGCUCGCACAGUUGCCAUUCGAGCGGUGCAAGCACUGCAUCUCUACCGUCGACAGCCAGCCGUCGCCAGUCUUAGGCGGUGUGCUUGUGUUUGUCAGCGGAAACCUCCAGCUCGCCGGAGAGGAGCAUCAGCUCCGUUUCAGCCAAAUGUUUCAGUUGAUUCCAACGCCGCAAGGGAGCUUCGUCGUUCAGAAUGACAUAUUUCGACUAAACUACUGCUGAUUAAGAAGACUUGAAUUCCUACGUCGACAUGCAUUGAUGUGGGGCCCAAUUAUUGUUCUAAUAAAAUAAGUGUCUUUAAUAAGAUUCAAGAAAUUAAAAUUUCAAUUUGUCCUCCAA